AGAAAUGAGAAUACUCUGUAGUCUUGAGAAGCACGUGUCAGACGUACGGGUAUUUUCGUAAUAAAUUAAUAACUUAUGUUUUAAAAUGGAAGGAGGAUUUUAUGGAGCUGGAAAGGCUGGAGGAUCUUUUGAUCCAUUAUCUUUCGUUCAAAGACCCCAAGUUAUAUUAAGAUUUUUAUGCUUGAUUUUUGCCAUUGUAGUUUUUGGAUGCAUUGCCGAUGAAGGAUGGCUGAAUGAUGACUGCCUUUUUAACAAGGAUAGCAAUGCUUGUAACUAUGGAGUUGGUAUAGGAGUUAUUGCAUUUUUAACUAGUAUGGGUCUCCUGGUGGGUGAAGCAUUGUUUGAGAAUAUCUCAAGUGUCAAAAUUCGCAAACGAUUGGUUCUUUGUGACUUGGGACUUUCAGGUUUCUGGUCCUUCAUGUUUUUCGUGGGGUUCUGCUACUUAUGUGAUGCAUGGCGUCGGGCAGAAUACCCCUUGGGAGGUUUUGGUAUUGGUAAUGCUAGGGCAGCCAUUGCUUUCAGCUUUUUUUCUGUCUUUCUCUGGGCUGGUUGUGCAUAUCUAGCUUUUAAGCGUUAUCAUUUGGGUUUGGACACGUCAUUUGGCACUGGCUACGAUGCCAACCCUAAUGCAGGACCAGGAGACGGCCCGUAUAGCAGUUACCCAAGAGGUCCAGAUAUGAAUGAGGCAUACCAAGAGCCACCUUUCCCAACUGGUUCUGAGGAAGGUGCACGAGGUCCUAAUUUUCAAGUUUCUUCUUACUGAGAAAAUGGAGAGUUUUGCCAUAUAAUAACCCAGGCUGCUGAGGUUUCAACUCUGUAUUUUCUUGUAGAAUGUGAUGGUGAGAAUGUUGUUGGUGUAUGAAUAUUUACUUGUAGCUGUGCUCACAUCAAUAAAUGUUAAAUUUCAUGUACACAACACUGUAAUUUUAUACAGUGCUUCAAAGAAGUGAUAAAAGUUCGUGUGUUAAACAAACACGUACGCAUUUCAGAAGAUAUGUUUACCGAAAACCCAUUAAAUCCGACUUAUUUUUUUAAAUACUUUGUAUAUCAGUACAAACCGGUUUUGUUAAUGCUGUUGAUUCUACUAUAACUUAAUGUUGUAAGUUCUAUUUCAAAAUGGUUCAUUUAACUUGGACCCCAUACUUAUUACUUCAAAGUGUAAGAAUGUAAAAGGAAGACCCUGUCGAUAAACUGUCUGAUUGAUCAAAUAAGUAGAUGCAGUGUUGAAUUAUUGAAAGAAAUUUAUUCCCAAUUGAUUUUAUAUGUGUUAUCACUUAUUCCAGGACUGAAAUAUUGAACUGUUAUAUUUAACUAUUGAGAGAUAAACAUACUUUGCUCUAACAAAUCAUUGAUAAAAGCAGGUACAAAUGUCCUGAAGUUUUAUCAACAGCUUCUCCGUUCUAGGUUAGAGGUAAGAAAGAAAGUACAUGUAGUAAAACAGUAAACGAAAGAUUUUAUGUAUUAUAAAACUAAUUGUACACGUGUGUAACAGGUAUUUUUUGUUUUCCUACAAACGAAAAAAAUUAAUUUCUCGCUUAUAAAAGGACUCGACAGUUAUAAAGUGUGUGUAAUGUACAUAAAGAUGUUUUUCAUUUAUAACGUUAAGAUAAAUUAUUUUAUAAAUGUAACAGAUUUGUGGAUGGUAGAAAAUGAGAAAUGGUUUUGGUCACAUCUGCACACUAUGGGUCUCAAACCAAAUAUUUACGGUUACUUAUGUUUCAAGCAGGAUUUAUACCCUGUAAUAUUGGAAAAUCAAAGAUAUGAAGAGUUUUAAAAACUAAGGACCAUGGGCAUUUUAAACUUGUAUCAUCUUCUGAUAAAUUCUAGGUUGUAUUUAUAGGCUCACCUGGAAAUUACAUCCUUAUGCAAUCACUAGGACAUAACCCCUAUAAAUUAUCUACAUAAUUUUUUUACAUAUUGCAUACAGGUUUAAAUAUAUAAUCGAAACCUGGGAUGUCGUAAAUAAUCAAAUCAUUCCGUGAGUUUCGAUUUAUUAAAUUCGAUGUAUCUACAUACAAACUUCAUGUGGAUUAGUUUUCCUACUGUUGUUUUAUCAAAAUUUUUGGUUUUUCUGAUGAAGUUACAUGUUUAAUAGAUUUAGUAGCUUGUGCAACCUAGAAACAAAAUUAAUUUUCUUUAUAUUCAGAUAUAUAUAUAUAUAUUUUGUACACCAUCUAACAAAACAAAAACAAAAUGGACAGUGUUUAUGCAACUAUGCAAAAAGUGUUAAAAUUUUCACAAACCUAAAAUUUCUUUCAAUAAGGUUAUACAAUGAAAUAUACAUGUAA